UGUGAUCCAAACCCGGUGUCUCUGCCUCUGUCAGACAUUUAAACCAUGUAACCCACCGAGUCCGGGGACAGUGAGGCUUCUCGGUGUCCAAACAACUGCAACAAAGCGACGCAGUGGACACGAGUUUCCUCCAUGGAGCAUAACCGGACUGAUACACUGAUUCAGUGGUGAAGGAGACUUUAAGAGCUCCAGCCCAUGCAGACGGCGUCCCAGACGUAAACACGCACCCAGACGUACCAGUUACCCAGUUCAGCGGACAGGAAGACAACAUGGCCUCCUGCUCGAUACCUGGGAAUCCCCCCAGUGGCCUCACAGACAGGAGCGGCAGCUUCUUUAAGCUGAUUGACACAUUUGCGCUGGAGAUCGGGGAGCUGAAGAGAGAGAUGGUCCAGACCUCUCCUGCAGUUGACAGGGAACCCGUGGAUCUACAGGGGCUGGAGAGUGAAGUGAGUGGUGUUUACCUGCAGUCCCCCCAGUGUGGUGGGGUGGGGGGCGAAAGGGAUUCUGGUUACGACUCCUUGCGAAGACGUAUGAGUGUGUUAGACAGGCUGACUCAAACUCACCCGGUGUGGCUACUGCUGGCAGUCAGUGAAGAGGAGGCCAGUCGCAUCCUGCUCAAACAGCCACUUGGGGUGUUCUUGGUCAGGAAGUCAGCCGCUCUGCAGAGAAAAGUUCUGUCUGUGCGUCUGAAAGAAGAUCAGUCAGGGACUCCCAUCAGCCACUUCCCUGUCAGAGAAAGCCAGUACACCUUUUCUCUCGAGGGAUCUGGAAUCAGCUUUGCAGAUCUGUUCCGCCUGGUGGCUUUCUACUGUAUCAGCAGGGAUGUCCUGCCUUUCACACUCAAACUCCCAGAGGCCAUUGCAUCUGCUAAAACUCAGAAAGACCUGGAGGAGGUGGCUCAGCUUGGAGCAGGCUUCUGGGACUCUGCCCUGUGCAGUCAGCGUCGCACUUCUCCUCGUCCCUGUCGCCCUCUGAGCCGCACACUCAGCCCCCAGCGGACCAACAGGAACAGGGAGGUUGAGGGGUCACAGCAGAGACACACCGGGGCUCACUGCGACAGUGCACCCCCGACCCUACGGUCCCACGCCCCUCCACCUUCCUUUCAUCUGGAGAGGAGACAUUCCAGUGGUCCUCUGUGCUUCCUCAACCCCCUGUUUCUCCAGACUCAUCAGCACCGCCGUUGUGAAGACGAUCCACCUUCACAUGCUGUCAAGUCCAGUAGCAACCUGGAGAAUGCAGGGCAGUCAUCUGAGAAGCUGUUAAGCAGCAGUCAAGGUAGCGAGUCAAACGUGGACAAAACCAAACUGAACGGCAAAUCACGCCCCCCUCCCCCUCGACCCCCUCCUCCCCGCUCCAUGCCACGCCGGCGCCCUGCCCCACCUCCACCUGGACCUCCAGCAGCCACUGCCAGACCCAAGAGCAUGCCAGUGGCCGUUGCUGUCUCUACAAGGCAACAACAGUCCUCCGUCAGGCGCCCAGCACCCGCUCGGCCAUCAAUGGGUGCCAAGCAAAGCAGCCCAUCCAAAACUGCAAGCUCGCCGAUCUCCGUGCCUUCAAACCGACCACCUCCAAGGCCUAAGAAGCCUGAUCUGGAAGCUCACCGCUGCCACAUUGCCCUGGAUGAUGAGACUAUCGCCAGAGCUCUGUCCCGUGCCAAGCUCCCCACCUGCCAGCCUCCACCUGCUGUCCCUGCUGACGUACUACUGGAGAAUAACGCCGGGAGUCCGUCCCAUCCGAAGGAGAGGGGACGCCAGCGGCUCAGUGACAUGAGCAUGUCUACUUCUUCUUCUGACUCACUGGAAUAUUCGCAGUCUCCGGGAUUCUCCCUGGGCCUGGCCCCUAACCCAUCCAGACACCUUAAUCAUCAAGACCCAGUGGAGGACAGCAGUGACGACGACGAGGAUGGGGAAGAAGAUGAGGAGGAGGACUACGGGGUCAGUCUGGAAACUGACCUCGAGAUGCGUCUACGUCCCUCCUUAAAGGCGCGGAGGCGAAGGGUCGGUGUGAGCCUGAGUGGCGGCUCUUUCAUCCUCCCCAGUGCCCUGAAGGGACGGUUUCGCAAAGUAAGCGGCAUGCUGAGCUCCCUGAUGACCCCGGAGAGACGGGCGGUGAAAAGGAUUGCUGAGCUGUCCAGGGACAAAAGCUCGUACUUUGGCUCCCUGGUCCAAGACUAUAUCAGCUUUGUUCAGGAGAAUCGAGGCUGUCACACCUCAGGGAUUGACUUUCUGCAGACUCUCAGGCAGUUUUUGACACAGAUGAAGGCUUACCUGCGCCAGAGCUCUGAGCUGGACCCUCCUAUUGAAUCACUCAUACCUGAGGACCAGAUCGACCAGGUGCUAGAGAAGGCCAUGCACAAGUGUGUCCUAAAGCCUCUGAAGAGCGUGAUUGACGCGGUUUUACAUGACUUCCAGGUGAGCAGCGGAGCUUUGCAGCAGCUAAAGGAGAACCUGGCCCUGGCUAAAGCCAAGAGGCCCCAGGAGUUAGGGGUGGACGGAGCUGUGCCCCCUGACCCCGUGGCUAUUGAGAAGAUCCGCCACAAGUUCGUCAACAUGAGCAAGAUGUACUCCCCUGAGAAAAAGGUGUCACUGCUGCUGCGUGUGUGUAAACUCAUCUACACCAUCAUGCAGGAUAACUCAGGGAGGAUGUACGGUGCUGAUGACUUCCUGCCCAUGCUCACUUAUGUGGUGGCUCAGUGUGACAUGCCUCAGCUGGACACAGAUAUCCAGUACAUGAUGGAGCUGCUGGACCCAUCUCUGCUGCAAGGAGAGGGGGGCUACUACCUGACCAGUGCGUACGGAGCCAUGGCCCUCAUCAAGAACUUCCAGGAGGAGCAGGCAGCCCGGGUGUUGAGCUCUGAGGCCAGGAACACACUGCACCAGUGGCACAGACGGCGCACUGCUCAGCGUUCAGCGCCCACUGUGGACGACUUUCAGAACUUUCUCCGUGUAGCCCUUCAGGAAGUGGACACAGGCUGCACGGCCAAAACCCUGAUCGUCCAACCUUACACGACCACAGAGGAGGUCUGCUCACUCUGCGCUUACAAAUUCAAAAUCCCUGACCCCGACACCUACGCACUGUUUCUUGUCACUGAGGACACCAGCCAUCAGCUCGCCCCGGACACACACCCUCAACGAAUCAAAGCCGAGCUCCACAGCCGGCCCCGAGCACAGGUCUUCCACUUUGUCUACAGGAGAGUGCCUAACCUUAACCUCUGUAUCCCUGCCAUAAUGCACAAUGGGAACUGCCUUCAAGUUGAAUAGCACAGGAGAAACUAACAGCUUUCUGCACUUGAUCCUAAACAAAAGUUAUGUUUUGUGGUGUUCUGGUGGUGCUUGCACAUGUUUGUUUUGUAGAUAAAUUUGAGGACGUCUGAAUGGAAACAGAAACCAAGCUGUACAUUGGCAUAUUGAGGCGGAUAUAAAAAGUCUUUGAUCAGAUAUGAUGCCAUGCAAACUAUAUGGUGAGUUAUUUUUAUGAAGAACCACCAGGGGAUAGGAUGGACUGCGGGAAGUGCUGGUGUUUCACUCAAACACUUUAAGACUGUGGCUCAGAUUUGGGUCAAAAAAUGCUGAGAAUGGUAAGUUGCAAGUUUGAUUCAGGUUGUCGACAAUUCAACCAUUUAGAGACCAUCUAUCUGGUUAGAUUAGGUGGUAUGCUGAGCGGAAAUUGUCGAAUAGUUUAGAGUGGCUGGUUUACAGGGUUUUUGGUAUGUGAAGUAUUAUAAGAAGGUGAAAAGUUCUUCAGAUUGUUGGACAGGUGUACCAUCCUUAAAGGUACUGUAUGUAACUUUUUACAUGUAUUAUUGUUUAAUAUUGCCAAUGGGUAAACAGAUAGUAACAUAACUUAAAAACUGAGACUUUCCCGACUUUCUUUGUUGCCUGUAACAGCCUCGGGACUGACUUCUGUGUAAAGGACAGGGGCCGAAUUUUCUGGGAAAAUCCAAAGGAAGUGAUGAACCUUGACCAAGAAACCCUUUCUUUCUAGAAGCCCUCAAGGUCAACUCCUCUCAAUAGCGUGCUGCACCUCUCUUCAGCUCCACAACAGUGUGCAACAGUAGCAAACAUUAGUUAAAGGUCCCAUAUUGUGAAGAGUCAGAUUUCCAUGUCUUUUUAAAAUUAAAGCAGGUAUAGGUGCUUUAUAAAUACUGUGAAAGUAUCAAAACGCUCAGUUCACAGAGCAUUGCUCACAGUUUGUAUUCAGAAACUGUGCUUGUAAGCAAGCUGUCAGGAUUUCUGUGAAUUUGUGAUGUCACAAGUAUACCAAAGACUGUUUGAGACACAAACACUCUAAAUCGGUCCUUUUGUAUUCCUCAUUGGGAUGUUUUGCUGUGUGUGACUGACAUCAGCUGACAGGAAGUAAACAUGGAUCCAAGCCAUAAUUCAGACAGAGGGUGAUUACAGGUGUAUUCAGGCAGGCAGUAUGAGGAAAAUUAUGAUUUUUGUACAUUAAAGCUUGUAAACAUGUCCCUGUGGAAACCCAAAAUACAAGUGUGUUCCUGAAUAUGAGCAUAAUAUGGGACCUUUAAGAAAUAAAGUCUGCUAACAUCAACAAACCACCGACAUCCACCAUAACAAGGGUCCACUAUAAUAUAUAUUUUGCAGUGGCAGCCAGGAGACAGACCUUCACUUUCAGCUGAGGUUUGUGCUGGCUGAAUUUGGGUUGUUAGAGCCGCUGAAUGAAGGUCUGUUUCCAGAGCUACCAUCCGCGUUCCUCCAGGAGAAAUCGUUUCUGGAAGGACAGCGGGGUGCGCUAGCAAAUUCUUGUCUCCUUUGCGGUCUGAUAAACAAAAUUCAGUGCCCCAUAUCAUAGUAUCAGUGCCCCCUAGUGCUGAAAAAAAUCCCAGAGGAAACGGUGACAUGUAAAACAUAUUUGGAUAUUGUGGUUCUAGCUGGCUCAUGUUAGCAUUAGCUUGUGAACGAAUUGCUAGAUGGCAAACGUAGCAUUGAGUGGAUAACGUCUGCUAAUUCAUCCAGACUCUCAGGGCUGGUUUGCACAUUACUUAACCAGCUAUAAAGCAACCCAUGGCAGAUCCAUGAGGGGUAGCUAAGUUAAGCUAAGGUUAGCCAGCUAGCGGUAAAGCUACGCUUCAUGGAUCUGCUGUCGGUUGCUUUGUAACGUCAGCAGAUAAGGUCAUUAGCCAAGGGCAAGCUAGUUAGCAUCACGGAGCCAGUGGUCCAAAUUGAAUGCAGGAACAUACAGAUAGCAACAUUAUUCUAAAUACAACUGUAAUUUAUUUUCCAGUAUUCUAUCAAACAGGAUGUCGGUCGAUCACGGUCAGUCUUUUGUUAGUCACUGUUGGGCUUGGGGCUACAGAGGGUGCUGACAGCAGUUCACUUAACGGCCUCAGAGAGAGGUGUCAUUAAAAACAAGUUACAUACAGAACCUUUAACGCAGAGGUCAUCUAGUUUAUAUUGCAUUUUAUAUAACUAACGUUUGCCUAAACUGCUGUUAUCCCAGGUGCCUUCAAAACAAAUUGAACAUCCUGUAUGCUACUGAAAGCUCUCCGCUCUCAUCCAGUGAUGAGUCAGCUUUCAUCAAAGUGACCCAGAAAACAAAAACAAAAAUCAACACAGUGCUAAAACAUUGAUUUAUUAAGUAAAAUGAACUAUUGUAAAAGUUAUGAUUGUUAUUUUUAUUGCUCUUGUGUUUAUUUUCUGCAAUUGCUGGUCAAUUGUAGCGUGUAUGCCUGUGUAGAAAUAUUUUUAUAUUCAAAUGUUUCCUUUUCAUCACUAAAGAUUUGUAUUCUGACAUAAUAUUUCUGUACUGGACUCGAUAGUGAACUUGGAUUUAUGCCAGUUAUUUCUCAAAAGUCAGUUUAAAACAACACUGUCUCUGUUAAUUGUUAUGUAAAGCUCAAAGCUGACUGUGGAAAUAUAAAAAAUAUCUCCAAACGAGGCUACUUGCUGACUCUUACAUUAUAUUAUUUUCAGGAAACUUUGCUACUGUAUUUUAAAAAGGAAGUGUCACAUACUGGGCAUAAAAUUAGGUGUCUGUGUUGCACAAUAAUACCCAGACAAUAAAGGAACAGCAGGAUUUUACAUGAUCUCUAAGAUGUAAUUCACAUACAACAGGCUGUAAAAUGCACAAUUGGUCACACAUUGUUCAGUCUGCAAACAUAUACAAAUUAAACUGAUUAAGAAAUGAUUUUCAGAGCAUGGUCUAAACAGAAGGGAAUAUUUGUGGAGCAUUUCUGUGGUUUAAUGUAUAAAGUCAAAUGAACAAUU